UAGCGUAUUUUAUUGUUCCACUCUAUAUCGAGACAUAAAAGAUUAUACAUGGGAUUACAUCAAUUUGCGUUCGAAAACAAGAAUGGUAGCCACCUUUGGAAGAAGUUGUGAUUGUUUUUUUUUGGCGCUUUAGCAACCCAGAGGAAGGAUGGUGGAGUUGAGCUAACACAACAGACUAACGCUAGCUUAAUAUGCGACAGCAGAGCUAGCUAGCUUGGUUGCGAUCGUUUGUGUCUGAAAGAACUACCCCGUUUGUGUUUGGAAGAACUACCCCAUCCAUUUGCCAGGGACUCGUGGGUAUCCGUUAAUGUAUUAGCAAAGAGAUGCAUUUGAUUUAGAUUUGUUUUUGACCAAUUACUAAUUAGCUAGCUAACGUUAGUUAUCUUGGCUAGUAAAGUUAGGACUUAACCACAGACUUAACGAGUGCGGAGAGCUAGCUAACUAGUUAGCCAGAAAGCUACACAUGAAGGUGCUACGCUAGUUUGUCCACACCACGUCUUACCAAUAGAUGAAGAUACUAACGCUAAAUGAACUAUUUUAUUAGUCAUACCGUUUCAUAUCAAUAAUGUAACUGGGUCAAAACCUUGUAAUCUGAUCUCAUUUAAAAAAAGCUUUGGCCCAUGCUACUACAAUGGAGUUAGCCACCGUAGCUAGCUAUGUAGCUUUCCUAGCUAGCGAACGUUAAAUGUUUUAACUUGGAAGACACAAAGGCUAACUAGCUAGCUAACUCCAAUUGUAUCACAAACUAGCUUGCUAGAUCAUCAGUUGUCAAAUGUAUUCGUCCAGCUAGCUACCUAAUUUGGCUGACAGUAAACUAAAUGUGUGCAGGGCAGGCCCACAUUUUAUGUUGGCAUAGCAGAUAAAGCAUCAUGACUGCUCCUCCUCAGCCUCGGAGGAAGGAACCAGGGAUACUGGUGGCUGGAUCUAGACAUCAGAUGGUGCUCUGAAGAAGCCAUGGGAAGCUGCUUGAGCUGUCCAGAGAAGGAAUCAAUCCCAGAUAAUCAUCAAACCAAAUUUAAGGUGAUAAACGUGGAUGACGAUGGGAACGAGCUGGGCUCGGGCGUGAUGGAGCUGACGGAGGCAGAGCUGGUCCUCCACACCCAUCGCCGUGACGAUGUUAGGUGGCCUUACAUGUGCCUGCGUCGCUAUGGCUACGACUCCAACCUCUUCUCCUUCGAGAGCGGCCACCGCUGCAAGACGGGACCAGGGAUCUUUGCCUUCAAGUGUGCGCGGGCAGAGGAGAUCUUCAAUAUGCUGCAGGAGGUAAUGCACAGCCACAGCAUCAGUGUGGUAGAGGAGGCCGUGCUGGAGGCCAACCACCAGACUGCUCUGGGCUACUCUGUCCCCACCAUGCCCAAUGGUGUCACUCGGAUCCCUUCGGUGGGCGAUACCCCCUCACACCCCUCCACGCGCCACCCGUCUGUGGCCAGCACCCGCCUGCCCUCGGUGGGAGAGGAGUCCUCACACCCCCUGCUAGUGGCUGAUGAUGCGAUCCACACCUAUGUGAACACCACAGGUCUGCUGGAUGACCAGCCUAGCCCUCUGACUGUUCCAGCCCCUCUGGACAGCCCCGACUCAGGCCAGUCCCAGUGUCCCCCUACACCUCCCCCUCCACGGGUAGCCAGACCAGAGCCUCUGCCCCCCAUGCCCCAGCUCCAGGAAGAGCCCCAGGUACUGCUGGAGCCCCUGGGGGUGCGCUUUGUGCUGGGACCCACUCCUGUACAGAAGAAGAUGGCCAAGGGGAAGCAGUCUACUGGGGAUGGAGAUGGAGAGGAGGCAGGGGAGGACCCAGAGUCCCCGGAUCUUGGAGAGGAGGAGACUAACAGCCAGACGGGGACACACUGUGCCACAGAGGCCCCAGCCCUACUGGAGGGCAAGCCUCAGCCGCCCCACACACACUCCAACGGCACCUCUGUCGGGGUUACUGCCCCAGUAACAGCCCCCCGCCUCCACCGCACGCCCCCCGACACCCUGCAGAACGUCAACAACUCAGCCCAGCGACGCACGGCCCUCUUGGACUAUGAGAACCUCCCGGCCCUGCCGCCCGUUUGGGAGACCCGCAAGCCCAGCAACGAGCAGGUGGAGAACAAUGGAGGCGGCCAGGGGGGGCUGAAGACGCCAUCCCUCAACGGCUACAACCUCCACCACCACUCCUACUCCCACCCGCUGUCAGCCCACCCCCCUCAUUCGGCCAUGGAACCCUCCCACAACUACGUCAACACAGAGAAUGUGACGGCUCCUCUCAGCGCUCGCUGUGCCCCCGACAUGGUACGCCGCCACACCAUCUUCAACUUUGACUUCCGCCGGCCGUUGGGGCUGCUGUGUCAGGAGCCUCCCAAGACGCUCAACUACAUCGAGGUGGAGAUGGAAUCUACCACCACCUCUUCAUCCGUAGCUGCCAAGGGUGCCUCCUCGGACACCAGCAACCCCCACACGCCCCGCACCCCCACCUCGCCGCUGCCGCCUACCACCCCCACACGCCGUACCGAGCUCUAUGCCUUCAUAGACAUCGAGCGCACCGCCGCCAUGUCAAGCCUGCAGAAGGCUCGGCCGCGCGACGACGGAACAUCGAGGAAAACGCGGCACAAUAGUACGGAACUGCCCACCAAAAGCACUGUCUGACUGAACAGAUCCUUCUGGCACCUUUUUCUACUAUGAACCCCUUUAGAAAAAACAUGUGAAGGCAGUCUACACAGGGGACUUUCUUAAUAAACACAAAGACAGAGAAACACAGGCCAUGGAGACAUUGGAAAUGUAUUCAAAGAGACUCCAGAAAUCGGUCUUAAAUGAGAUUUAAACAGACUUUGUUGUGUGUGGUUGGUUACCAAAGUAGGUACUUACUUGCGAUAUACCAAUUUAUUCCUAUGGUAAUAUAAUACCUCUUCUCCUUCACUCAUUCCACAGUGCAUUUGGGUUGUUUAUUAUGUUAAUAAGACUGGACUGCAUUCCUCCUCACCCAACCCCCCCGGUACAAAUCAGUAUUACUGAACAAAGCAUUCCAUUUAGCAUUUUUGAAUGAUAUGAUUCACUACAUGCAUUGCUGCUGUAAUUUCAGUAUCUGAGGAUUACAUGGUACACUACAUGUUUCUGACAAUGUACACUAGAUUCUGGCACAAUAAAUGUCUGUUCUGUU